UCACUUUCUCGGUCCCCUGUAGUGCUCAAAUUGUUAAGUUUAAGGUCUCCACUGGCAAACCUCCCCUAGAUCAGCGGCAUGCCAGAAUCUUCGUCCUGGAGUCGCACCUACCUCAACUGGAAGCGGGUGCUGUUCCUCUCGAUGAAGUGCGUAUACUUAAUGAUGGUUGUGAAGUUUAGCCAGAGGUGCCUGGAGAUGGCCUUUAAGAGCCAGUUGGCCCAGAUGCAGACGGAGCUGCGAGGAAGCCGAUGAAUAAACAACAGUUGGAGAACGUCUGCGCGCUGUCUUAAUACGUUUUUAUUAGCCAAGAGAUUCGCGUCAGG